AUGGACAAACUUGGAAACAAGGCAUUUGAGCAGCGUUUAAGAGCGAGCUUGUUAGAUUACGUGUCCAAAACAAACGCACGGACAAUGACACCAGUGAGAAGGAAUAUUCUUCAAAUCCUAAUAUUCCUAUAUGGUAAAAAGACAACAAAGACAGAUGAUAGAUUUUCAUAUUCCACCAACAAUGAGGUCGCUGAUCAACAAAAGAAAUACAUUUUGUUUGCCUUCUUGUUUAUGGAGGACCUUAAAAAGAAUUCUGUGACAGCAACAGACCUGUGUACUCUACAAAGAAUGUGGGACCAACACCUACUCCAUCUGGCCAACAAUGGGGAAGUAAAAGCUGCAGAAAGUUAUCAAAGAAUUCUGGAGGACAGCGAAGAGAUAAUUUUUAAUAUAAAAAGAUUUCAGUGUCAACUCUGUAAAACCAGAGCUUUCUUGGCUAAGAACAAGGACCCCCAGUCGCAGAAGUUGGGCUCCAUUUUCUGCUUUAGAAAAUCAAACUUGACUGAGCGGAUGACAACAAAACUGAAGAAGCUGCUAGGUCAGCGUGACCCAGAGGACUUCUUCAUGAUUAAAUUCCAGGAUGUGAACUAAAGAGUGGGAAAAGAGAAACUGUAAUUGACUAUAAGUUUGAGACUCUUUUGUGGAUCAACCAUCAUCAACUUUAUCAUCAUCAUUCAUAUUUCAUCUUCACAUCAAAUCAUCAUAUCA